AUGUCACACUACAAUUCAGGAGGCGGGUAUAGAUCACGCGGUGGAGGCUCGUCAUACCAAUCCCAGCGUGAUUAUCGAUAUAACAACAGUAGUGGAAACCGCUAUAGCAGUGGUGGAUACGGUAAUUACAAUAAAUAUAACACCAAUCAAUAUCAAUCACAAGUACAACAAAGAAAGCCCUACAAUAGAAGUAGCAAUUAUCAAGCAAAUUAUACACCUAGAAAUAACUAUCAAAAUUCGUAUGAUCAAGGUAGUCACUCUGCAGAGAAUCAAAACCAACUAUGGAUGGGUGACUUAGAUCCAUCGUGGGAUGAAAAUGCAAUAAAAAAAAUAUGGUCGGCCUUCGGAGAGACCCCAGUGGCAGUUAAAAUAAUUAGAGAUAAGUUUGGUCUUGAUGCUACGAAUUCCAAAGCUAACGCUGGCUACUGCUUUGUUUCGUUUGCGAACCAAAAGGCGGUUUCAACUGCAGUCUUGAAGAAUGGUUUACAGAUACCAGGAUCUACAAAAGUAUUUAAAUUGAACUGGGCGAGUGGUUCUGGAUCUACGGUUCCCCAAGAAAGCAACUUCAAACCAAUAGGUAAAGCACAUAAUGAUUACUCGAUUUUUGUCGGGGACUUGGGAUCAGAUGUCACAGAACCCAUGCUAUUUGAAUGCUUCAAUAAAGUUUACCCUAACCAAGUCAAACAAGCAAAGAUCAUGUUUGACCCAGUUACUAAACUAUCCAAGGGAUUUGGGUUUGUUAGAUUCAGCACUAGCUUCACGCAGCAAAAAGCUUUAAAUGAAAUGAAUGGGACUAUUGCUGGGAGUCGACCAAUAAGGGUUGGAAUGGCUGCUGGUAGCAGCAACAACGCGGCGGGACAGGACACAUUUUCGAAAUCUGAAACUCCAGUUGCUUCCAAUGUCCAUAUAGCGCAACCACAACCGUCAUUGAAUGCACACACAGAUCCAAACAAUACCACUAUUAUAAUAAAGGGGUUGUCAUCUAAAUUCAGUGAAGACGAACUAAGUUCAUAUUUCAUAGCGUUUGGAGAUAUUGUGUAUUGUAAAUUAUCGUCGGAUUUUAAUACUGGCAUUAUAAAAUACUUUCUCCGAUCGUCUGCUGAAUCCGCUUUAUUAUUUAUGCAUGGAAGUAUAGCUAACGAUUGCAGAAUAAUAGUAAAUUGGGGUAAAAGUGAUGAUGCAGAACUGUCUAAGAUCAAUUUUAUGCCAAAUGAUUCAAAAUCAUAUAGCAAAGCGUCACCUGCUCCUUUGCAUUAUGGCUCAUUUACUGAACACAAUAUAAGAUUCGAUAAGCUAACCAAGGAACAAGUGCGUAAAAUUCGUUUGAAUAUACUAGAGGAGAGUGAGCCAAUUCCUACUGAUAAACUCAAUGAAAUAUAUAUUAGUGGCAAACUACACAGAGAUGAAUUACUCGAUUCUGCAGCAUUUUAG